AUGCUCCUUCUAACCCCCUUGGUUCUGCUGGUAAUAUCCGUUGCUGGGUUGCAAAACCCUCAUCGAUUCCAGAAACCAUUCCAGAAACCCACAGUCACGAGACUGAGUAGCGAUCUGGGUCUCGAUUUGGCUUCGGAGGCUACCCGUUUACCGGCACAGCUGACCAAGAGGCUUGCGGAGUUUCUCGUGGAUGGAACAAACUUUCCCCAAGUCCCAUUUGAAAUUGGCGAGAGCUAUGCUGGUCUACUACCAAACACACCACACGGCAACGCCAGCUUAUUUUCCUGGUUCUUUUCAUCCACUAAUCCACUAGCCAAGAAAGAGGUGAAGUGCCUCCUGAGAGAACUACAUCCACGGAGCACGCAGAUGGUGAUACCGCUAGCACGCUUGUGUCCCUCGAUUUAG